ACGAGGAGGUCGGGCUAGUAAGGGCCGGCCUGCGCGCGAGUUGGAUUCCGGAAGCGGUGCGGCGGCAGCAUGCUGGCGGAGCUGGGUUUAAUCCGGACCAUAGGCGAAGAUGACGAGGUGCCGGUGGAGUCUGAGUCUGACUCCGCUGACGACGAGGAGGAAGGGCCCAUUGUGCUGGGCAGAAAGCAGAAAGCCUUGCAGAAGAACCGUAGUGCCGAUUUCAACCCUGACUUUGUUUUCACUGAGAAGGAGGGGGCAUAUGAUGGCAGCUGGGCCAUGGCUGAUGUCAUGAGCCAGCUCAAGAAGAAGCAGAGGGCAGCCACUACAUUAGAUGAGAAGAUUGAGAAAGUUCGCAAGAAAAGGAAAACAGAGGAUAAAGAAGCUAAAUCUGGGAAGUCAGAGAAGGAGAAGGAAGCAAAGGAGGGCUCUGAACCAGAGGAGCAGGAAGACCUUGAAGGGAAAGAUGAGGAAGGCUCAGAAGAUGAAGACUCGGAGACCGAUUACUCAUCAGCUGAUGAGAACAUCCUCACCAAAGCAGAUACGCUCAAAGUAAAGGAGCGGAAGAAAAAGAAGGACGGACAGGAAGCCGGAGGAUUUUUUGAAGAUGCAUCCCAGUAUGAUGAGCACCUCUCCUUCCAGGACAUGAAUCUUUCUCGCCCUCUUCUGAAGGCCAUUACAGCCAUGGGCUUCAAGCAGCCCACCCCCAUCCAGAAGGCAUGCAUACCUGUGGGUCUGUUGGGAAAGGACAUCUGUGCCUGUGCAGCCACUGGGACAGGUAAAACUGCUGCCUUUGCCCUGCCUGUCUUGGAGCGUCUGAUCUACAAACCUCGCCAGGCACCUGUCACGCGUGUGCUCGUGCUGGUCCCCACCCGAGAGCUGGGCAUCCAGGUGCACUCUGUCACCAAGCAGCUGGCUCAGUUCUGCAACAUCACCACCUGCCUGGCUGUGGGAGGCCUGGAUGUGAAGUCUCAGGAAGCAGCUCUCAGGGCAGCGCCUGACAUCCUCAUCGCCACCCCAGGCCGGCUCAUCGAUCACCUCCACAACUGCCCCUCUUUCCACCUGAGCAGUAUCGAGGUGCUCAUCCUGGAUGAAGCUGACAGGAUGCUGGACGAGUACUUUGAGGAACAGAUGAAGGAGAUCAUCCGGAUGUGUUCCCACCACCGCCAGACGAUGCUUUUCUCAGCCACAAUGACGGAUGAGGUAAAAGAUCUGGCUUCUGUCUCCUUGAAGAAUCCCGUCCGAAUAUUUGUGAACAGCAACACGGAUGUGGCCCCCUUCCUGCGGCAGGAGUUUAUCCGGAUCCGGCCCAAUCGGGAAGGGGACCGGGAAGCCAUCGUGGCAGCUCUGUUGACAAGAACCUUCACUGACCACGUGAUGCUCUUCACCCAGACCAAGAAGCAGGCCCACCGCAUGCACAUCCUCCUGGGGCUCAUGGGGCUGCAGGUGGGCGAGCUCCAUGGCAACCUGUCGCAGACACAGCGGCUGGAGGCCCUCCGGCGCUUUAAGGACGAACAGAUUGACAUCCUUGUGGCCACAGAUGUGGCAGCUCGUGGACUUGACAUUGAGGGGGUCAAAACGGUAAUCAACUUCACGAUGCCCAACACCAUCAAGCACUAUGUCCACCGAGUGGGGCGAACGGCUCGGGCUGGCAGGGCCGGGCGCUCAGUGUCUCUGGUGGGAGAGGAGGAGCGGAAGAUGUUGAAGGAGAUUGUAAAAGCUGCCAAAGCCCCUGUGAAGGCCCGGAUCCUUCCCCAAGACGUCAUCCUCAAGUUCAGGGACAAGAUUGAGAAAAUGGAGAAGGACGUGUAUGCCGUUCUGCAGCUCGAGGCUGAAGAGAAAGAGAUGCAGCAGUCGGAAGCCCAGAUCAACACAGCAAAACGGCUCCUGGAGAAGGGGAAAGAGGCACUGAACCAUGAGCCUGAGAGAAGUUGGUUCCAGACCAAGGAAGAGAGGAAGAAGGAAAAAAUUGCCAAGGCUCUGCAGGAGUUUGACUUGGCCUUGAGAGGAAAGAAGAAGAGGAAGAAGUUUAUGAAGGACGCCAAGAAAAAGGGGGAAAUGACAGCAGAAGAAAGGUCCCAGUUUGAAAUCCUCAAGGCACAGAUGUUUGCUGAGCGGCUGGCCAAGAGGAAUCGCAGAGCCAAGAGGGCCAGAGCAAUGCCAGAGGAGGAGCCAGCAAGUGUCCCUGCCAAGAAACAAAAGCAGGUGAAGAAAUCUGUAUUUGAUGAAGAACUUACCAACACGAGCAAGAAGGCCCUGAAACAGUAUCGAGCUGGCCCCUCCUUUGAAGAAAGGAAACAGCUGGGCUUGCACCACCAGAGACGAGGAGGAAACUUUAAAUCUAAGUCAAGGUACAAGAGGAGGAAGUAGCUGUGGUGGCCUGAAGGCUGUGGGGCGGCCCUUAGAUCCCUCCCUUCCUUAUGGGAAGUCAUCCUCGCUUGGACUCUUCUCCAUUUGUAAAAAAGUUUUAAAAAGUUUA